GCCAUCAGACAAAGUGAGGACUUUUAUUAAUGCAGAAAUGAGUGACUUCAUAAGCGCUUUGGUUUUAUUCGGGGCAGGAACCAGUUUCGCCUGUUCGGGCUUGUUUCACCACUUAUACCACGAGAAGAAGAAAGAGUUGAAGAAACUGAAGGAGAUACCGGUGUUCAGACCUGAUCAACGUUUGUCCGCAGUGUUGAAGUCGUCUCCCCGCAGGAGGCUGCACUAUGUUGCAGUGGAAGGUGUCGUGCAGGCAGACGAGGAGCCUCUUACCAGCCAUUUUGUCCCAAAAUGCUUCGGUGUGCUUCGGAGGACAGUAGUUCAGGAACAUUCCGAAUCCUGGAACACCCUCACUAAAACAUGGCGCCCUCUGCUGGUGAACCGGAGAGAAACCAACAACGCCGUGCCCUUCUCUCUCGUCUGCCCCGGCUCCUACAUGGCCGACUUUGACGUGAAGGUGCAGGAUCCCUUGGCGGGCUCGGGGUACUUCCUGGAGCAGGUGCACCACCGCGUGAGGCGGGCCGAGGCUGGCCUGGUGAACGCGGUGUUGCGGGGCAUCGGCGGCGAGCGCUCGGUGGCGAUAGAGGAGAGCGAGGAGAUUCUGCGGGUGGGGAGCAGCCUGACUGUGUUCGGAGAGGUGCUGCUGGAGGGAGACCACGGGAGGAUGCAGGCGCCGCAAGAUGGCCGCCAGUACCUCCUGGUGCCCAGCAGCUAUGAGAGCUACAUGGAGCGGCAUGAGAGAGCGGCCAGCAUGUGGAAGAUGUUGACUGCUGCUACAGGCAUCACCGGAGCGUCGCUGCUCGCCGCUCUUGUUUACAACAUGGCGGGAAGACGGGACGAGAGAUCCAAAUAGCCCCAGCAGUCCUGACUAGUGAUGUGCUGAUCGAUACUCAACUGUAGGUACCGCCGAUACCAAAUCUUUAUGCUCUAAUAUCGAUUCUCAAAUCAAAAUAUCGAUACUUUAGUUCAGGAGUGUACAAACUGUUUCCACCACCAUAUUGAUAUUUUUUUAUUUAAAACAAUUCUAAAAAUAGAUAUUAUUGGUGACCAAUCAUAUUAUUAUUAAUUAUUAGUUAUUUUAGCUUUUUCUAAUUACAUACCAAUUUUUUUCUCUUUUUUCUUACAUUUUUCAUGUAGUUUUUUCCCCAUGUAAAAAUUAAAUAAUAUUAAUAAAAUAUUUUUUAACUGCAUACAAUAGUGUGUCCGUUACACAUAUAACAGUGUUUAUUAUGGUUGUUGUAAUUUUCCAAAUUAAUUAAAUAAGUUCGUAUUCUUUUUUAAAUGAAAUAAAAUGUAAUUAUUGUUUAUCAUAUCAGGGGUGUCUUAACUUUUUCCACCAAGAGCCGCAUACUUAAGUCAAAAAUAUGUGGGGCCAUAUAGAUAUAUUUUUUUAAAUUCCAAAAAUAGAGUUUGUAUUAUUGGUGACCAAUCAUAUUAUUAUUAGUUAGAACAUUUUAGCUUUUUCUAAUUACAUACCUAAUUUUUUGUCUUUUUUCUUACAUUUUUCCUGUUGUUUUUCCCCCCAUUUGAAAAUAAAAUAAUAUGAUUGUGUAACUGCAUACAGUAGUGUGUCAAAAAAAUAAAUUAUCUUCAAUUACAUAUUUAACAGUGUUAAUUAUGGUGGUUGUAAUUUUCCAAAUUAAUUUAAUAAGUAUUAUUUUUUAAUUUAAUUAAAUUAAAUUGUUUAUUUUGAGAGCUUCUAACAUUUGAGUUCAGGGGUGUCUUAACUUUUUCCACCAAGGGCCGCAUACUGAAAAGUCAAAAGUAUGUGGGGCUAUAUUGAUAUUUUUGUAUUUUAAAAACAUGCUAAAAAUAGACUUUGUAUUAUUGGUGACUAAUCUUAUUAUUAUUAAUUAUUAGAAAAUUUGAGCUUUUUCUAAUUACAUACCAAUUUUUUUUCUCUCUUUUCUUACAUUUUUCCUGUUGUUUUUUCCCCAUGUAAAAAUUAAAUAUUAAUAUGAUUGUGUAACUGCAUAACUGCAUUUAUUUAUUUAUUUAACUGCAUACAA